AUGAGGAAAAGCUCUGGAGGAACCCAAAUGAAUAAUCUGAAGAAAUCAAGAAUGGCGGGUAACCCUGCAAAUUCCGAGAACUCAAGACCAUCUGCAAGACAAAAGAAAUCUGGGCAUGUUGGGGUUUCUGCCAUCUCAUCCAGUGAUACAGAUUCAGCAUCAUCAACCUUUUCAAAGGAGACCUGCAGCUCCAAUGGGAGAAAGAAACAGUUUCAGGCAAGUCCUCAUACUUCUGAAUCAAGUUUUUGCAGUAGUAUUGAGACUGGGAAAAGAUCAGUAUUUUCAAAGCCAAACUCAGCUUCUGCUGGUCAGAAGUCACCUUUGAAUGCCUCAACAAAAUUGGCUAGAGCAAAAUCCAAGAAGUGUUCCAUGAGGAAACACUCUGAACAAAUCUCUCAACUUCCAGACUUGAGUGUACAAAGAGCUACAUGUUCUUCGGCACUCAAAGGUUCUAAGUCCCCUGACAUCCGGGGUCUUCAGGCAGAGGGAACUGAAUCUGAGGGAAUUUCAUGCACGAAGGUUUGUCCAUUCACUUAUUGCUCUCUUCAUGGCCAUCGGCAUGCCAGUGUACCUCCACUCAAGCGCCUCAUUUCGAUAAGGAGGCGCAUGUUGAAGACUCAGAGGAGCGUGACACCGGCAACUCAACCCCCGGUCAGGGUGAAAAGGUCUGGCAAGAUUAAGGAGGAUCAGACAAAUCAGAUGGUAUGCAAUGGACAUGGUGUAGUUCAUGAAACGACCUCUCCUGUGGUAGAAAAUUGA